GCGAUGAACGACACCAACAAUACCAAAGGAUGCUUGGUCAGAAGCAGUAUCAACGUUGAUGAAUACUUGUCCGUCGAGCAUAUAGUUCGAGAAGGUGAGACUAUCGGCUCUAGUGCUUACUCACGUCGGCCAGGUGGCAAGGGGGCCAAUGCCGCGGUGGCUCUUGCGAAGGCCGGCAUUCGGGUAUCCUUUGUGGGCUUGAUUGGACAGGACGCAAUGUGGCUCAAGGAGACUAUCGAAGGAUACGGCGUAAAUGUUGAUCAGUUAAUGGCAAUUUCGGAGCUCCCCACCGGUCGGGCUAUCAUUCAAGUUUCUCAUACUGGCGAAAACUCAAUUGUACUUGUCCAUGGAGCCAAUCACGCUCCCUCCAACGCCUGGCCACCUUUAACAAUCGAUGGUAGGCUAUAUAGUCAUUUACUCCUACAGAACGAAAUCCCACUAUCCGAGACUUGUGCAGCACUGAAGACAGCCAAGAAAUGUGAAAUCUCUACGAUUUUCAACCCUUCGCCUCUUCCAUCAAGAUCAGAAAUUCAAAACGUGAUACCCUGGAGUACAGUAGAUUGGUUAAUUGUUAAUCAAGAAGAAGCUCGAGCGCUCACCAAAGCUUGUGAUCGACCAGACCAUCAAGCGGAUGUUGAUCUUAAGAUUGAAUUUGGUCAAACAGAUGAACUACAAGAUACCCUUAUUAAACUUAUUCGAUCAUCAUUUGCUAAUAUAGGAGUCGUAAUGACGUUGGGAGCAAAUGGUUGUCAGGUUGGAUUCCGUGCUAACUCUGGUGAGAAGGCUUGGACACUUUUUAGCUCAUUAGCUAGUAAAGGUACACGACCGGUCAUCGAUACCACUGGUGCUGGAGAUUGUUUUACAGCUUAUUUCAUUGCUCAAUUGAUGAACAUGGAAUCUGAAAAACCGUUGAGUCUGGAAGAUGUCAAACGGGCCAGUUCACUAGCGGGAAAAGCAGCAAGGAUUUGUGUAGAGAAAGAGGGGACUAUUGAUAGUUAUCCAAGUUUGAAAGAGGUUAUGUCGAUAACAACUGAUUAAGACUUGUAUGGAUUGUGGAUUGAUCAUUGAGCUUGUAAUGCAAUUUUACUUUUCAUCUGGUCUUGUCACAUUC